CAGCGGCUGCCUGCGAGUGGGCAGAGCUCGGAUCGGCACCUGCCACAGCCCAGCGCCAGCCGCGAUCGCCAGGAGGACUUCCCCCCAGGCUGCUCUGGUCCCCACCCGCUGCAUCCCUCCAAGCGUCUCUCCUCCCGGUGGAAAGAAAGGGACAGGUGGAUGCAUGCAGGAGUCGAGGAGGACCACCCCUUCGCCGGUGGCGGAAGAGGGCGGCGGGGAGCCCUACCCUAUCGGCGAGGGGCUUCUGAGAUCGCCUCCAGAGACCAUGUUUAAUGGAGAGACGAGCUCCUCUUCCGCCAGGAACGUUAUCCGGAGCUCCAGCAUCAGUGGGGAGAUGUACAGCAGCGAGAAGAGCAAUAGGGGCAACCCGGACUCAGCUAGUCUGUCAUCCAACAAGAAGAGGCGGUCCAGCCUGGGGGCCAAGAUGGUGGCCAUCGUGGGACUAUCCCAGUGGAGCAAAAGUACAAUGCAACUCAACCAUCCCGAUGGUGGCCCAAAGAAACUUCGUAGCAAUAUUCGUCGAAGUACAGAGACCGGGAUUGCUGUGGAGAUGAGAAAUAGGGUAACACGGCAAGGCAGCCGGGAGUCAACUGAUGGCAGUACCAACAGCAACAGCUCUGAUGGCACGUUUAUUUUCCCUACAACCCGGCUGGGAGCUGAAAGCCAGUUCAGUGACUUCUUGGAUGGGUUGGGACCAGCACAAAUUGUGGGACGGCAGACUUUAGCAACUCCUCCAAUAGGUGAUGUCCACAUUGGAAUGAUUGACAGGAAUGGACAACUGGAGGUAGAAGUGAUCGAGGCCCGCGGCCUUACUCCCAAGCUAGGAUCCAAGUCUAUUCCUGCCACCUAUGUCAAGGUUUACCUUUUGGAAAAUGGGGCCUGUCUGGCCAAGAAGAAAACCAAGACUGCGAAGAAGACCUGCGACCCCCUUUACCAGCAGGCCCUGCUUUUCGACGAGGGUCCUCAAGGCAAGGUGCUACAGGUGAUCGUCUGGGGCGAUUAUGGCCGCAUGGACCACAAAUGCUUCAUGGGAAUGGCACAGAUUGUUCUGGAGGAGCUGGACUUGUCCAGUGUGGUGACAGGCUGGUACAAGCUGUUCCCCACCUCCUCACUGGCCGACUCCUCGAUCGGACCCCUGACACGACGUCUCUCCCAGUCCUCUCUAGAGAGUUCAACAAGUCCCUCUUGUUCUUAAAGGAGAAAGAAAGAGAAAGGAAGACGGAAGAAACAAAGAAAGAAUGCCGUUGCCAUUACCACCACACUGGUAGCAUGGCUUGUAAAUAUCCCAUGCCUUUCCUUCUCCCACCACCCAUCCUCCUUCUGCUUCCCAGAGUUUAGAUGUGCCCCUUGCUCACUCUCAAGGCACAUGAUGUCGGAAGAGGAAAUUGCAGAAUGUGGUGGGAGAGGAAUUAAAUGGGAGGGAAAGGAACAAGCUCUACAGGGGAAUGGAAACACAAAUUCCCACCUCUGAGAUUGUUCCGUCAUCUCAAAUCAAACGGCCUUUGACGAAGAGUCAAUCAUUUUUCAUCAUGAACACACUGGGGGAUCAUCUCCAACCAGACUCACUGAAGUCUCACUGCAAGGAGCAUGAUAACUCAAUAGGUUUCUUUUCUGGGAUCAGUAUUUUAUUUCUGUAUCUCUGAAGGAGGAGGCGGAGCUUUUCUCCUAUUUUUUUUCCUGUUUUUCUAAAAAAGGAUAAAUUUCAACACUAUGCUUUUUUUUAAGGAAUGUAGCAUCUUCAGACAUUAUGUAGCCUGCCAUGUGCUCACUGAUCUCUCUCUCUUUCUGCAAUACCUGCAUAGACAUCUUCCCUCCUGACAGGAAGUGCCCACUAGCCACUUCCUGUUUUUGUUUGAGCAAGCAAUUUUAUCACUCACUUUUUGACACAUGUGGCAUAUGGGCUUGGGAAAAGGAGGGAGAUGGUAAUUCCGCCAAAGUUGUCGAGGAAAGAAACUAUAAAUGGUGCAUUUGACAUGACUGUUAAGUUUAAAACAUAUUUAAAGGUUUGUGUUUCGUUUUCUCACUCUUUAAGCAAUUUCACUUGUUCAGCUUCUGUAACCAAGGCGUCAGGCAGUGGGUCUUUUGCGAUCUUCAAGCAUAAUCUAGUCUCUUGCAUAGGACCCAGUAAAACAAGUAGGGAUCUGGCGGAGCCACCCGGCAUUUGCACAUAUGUGACCGUUUCAGCUCACAUGUGUUGCCGGGGGCUAAACUUCCAGUUCGAGAGGCAGGAUACUGAACUGUUUGAAUUUAAAUAGACCGAAGGUAAAAGUUAGAAAUAUAUGAUCACAGUACAAAUAUAUCGGAUGGUUAGGGCAAGAUUGACCUUUCCUCUGAAAACAGAACCCCUGGUUUAUAGGGGAAGAUAUCUCAGUAGCUUUGCCUUGAUUUUUCACAAGGGUGAGAGAUCUACUCAAUCUACUAUGUUUCAAAUUUAAUACUUUACAGCAGCAAUCCUAUGCAUAUUUACCUAGGGUAAACCCGAUUACACAAGUUGGGGUUUACUUCCACUUAAACCUGCAUACGAUCAGGCUGAUAGUUUUAUGUGUUUGUGUGUGUUUUAAGUAGUAAUCUGGUCCCCCAAAAAUGAGGGCCGGUUCUUGUAGUAAAAUUGAAAGUUAUAGAAGCUUAUAUUGAUGGUGCCUACUGAAAUUUUCUGAAAAUACUCAGGGGAGAUAUUGUUGGAAAUUGUGAUUUUUUGUUCUUAAAGAAAAAAGGCUUUAGGUUGACUGUACUGUAGGAAUGGUAAAUGAGAAGGAUCACCGGGCACUGUAGAAGCAGGAGGAUUUAAGUAAUUUUGGUCUGCUUUUGAUAUUCCAUUAUUAGCCCCCCACUGCUGGAAAUGAGAUUAUGAGUUUAUUAUGAUACUUAUGGGCAAGACUUCCAUUUUCACAUAGAUAAUUCUGCUCUUGCUUCCCUCAAGAGGAGGUUGCAGGAAUCUAUUACCGCCUCAAUAGGAGGUAUUACUCAAAAGGAAAGGUCAAAAACUCACAACAAAAAUGAAUACCCUUUGGAAAGUGGAAAGUGAAUACCCUUUGGAAGAUCCCUUUUGGGAACGCCGCCCCUGCCCUCAAAGACCCAGCCAGCUGCUCCACAAGCCCAAUUCAUCUGCUGAUGCCUUUCCUUUUUGUUUGGUCUUGCCAGUUCCAUGCUCCGAACUUAAGAUAUUGGGUCUGGAUCAUCACUAAAGCAUCAAUGGAAAUCAAAGAUGGGGACAAAUGCAGGUCUCUUGGUAUCCAUCUCAUACUUCUGUUCCAGUACUGGUACUAUUAUGGAUGACAUCUGACAAAAGAAAAGCAAUGUGUUGGAUAUCCAAGGCCCUCUCACACUUCUCUGUUGUUGUUCGAAAGCCUUCAGCAGAAGCCUGAUUAACUUUUUCUGGGCUAGCUGAAUCAUUUGCUGUGUUUACUUUAAAUGUGAGUCUGUGUACAAGUCGCAGAAGAUGAUGGUCUGGCCAAAGAGGCAUUCCAAAUUAUUCUCUGCUCUGAAUUUCUUCUCCGCUCUGAAGUUUUGGCAGUCAACCCAUCUGUCUUCUGUUUGACAGAAAGGAGAGCGGAUCUUGGUAGAAGAGCCAGUUCUGUCCCGGCAUGGAAACCAUGAAAGUAUUCUGCUGACUGGUUCAUUCCUUCUUCAACCCAUGUAGUGUCUUGGGCUAAUACUGGAGCUUUGCAGCACAUUGACAUUCUUCUUGAAACCCUCUUAAGGACCAUGAUGAUAUUUUGCUGUCCUGGGCAUCACUUAGCACAAAAUGUGUUUUUGGAUUCAAGUGGAACAGACAAUUAAAGACUUUUCUGAAAAUCUGGCCUUUGGAUGUCCAACUUCAUAUCUUGCUUAGAUUAGUGAGCAAAUGACCAUGGGAAACAUAUUCAUGGCAACAUGGAACAUCUAAUGCUGAAGAUGAGCCAGGCUUCCAUGAAAUGAUACAGAAAGUCUCGCUUUCUUGGUAAGGCUGAUAACUCUAGAAGGGCAAGAGUGGGAGAGAAGAAAACCAAACAUUUCAACGCAUGUCUCAUCCAAGUUUCUCCUCACUUGAUGUUGCUGUCGGGCUGGAAAAAAUACUCAAAAUAGCAAAAGGAGGAGCAUUCUUCAUUCCACCAGCAAAUGUAGGGACAUGAAAAGCCAAGGCAGUGGAGAUUCCAAAAUGGCCAGACUACUAUUGAAACAGUGCUAAUGGCACAGGACAAAGUUAUCAUGCUCUCUGGUUGAUUGCCUUGAUGUUGUUGUUGGUCACGAGUUGGAAACCGUCAUGGGACCGCUGCACUGUGCAGUCCUUCAACCAUGCUUAUCGUGCAAGCACCAGGUACUGGAAAUGUAUUUCAAGCAGGAUGCAAAGAUAAUUGGUGAUCCAGUUGCAAAUGGGAAUGCAUAAUCCACAUAUUAGAAUAUGGGUUUGUGAUAUGUCAGUUGGCCAAUAGUGAAACUUUUCUGACCAUUGGAAUCCCCAUGUUUACUAGGAGGGUGGGAGUUAAAAGUUACACUGUUUUUUUAUUUGAAGGCUGCAAACUGAAACUACUCCCAGACUUCAAUGCAUUUGACCAACUUCCAAAGAUCCCAUAACUAGCUCCUCACACCCAGGAGGUGGAGGGGCUUGGAUUUGUUUCUCAAACAGCACUCCAUUUUCUACUCUGACCUAAACUGUUUGUGAUGUGAUAAUGGUGGGAAUUCUGCUGUUCUGAGCAGGGAACCAGGUAACAACACAACUGUAAGUGUUCCCAAAUUUAUGAAUGGAAACAUCCCAUUGGAUGCCGGCCAUUUUGUUCCAGCCUUGACCUCAGUUCCCCCCCUCCCUUUCUAUGCAUGAAACGUAGCAUUAGCUUUUUCCUCUGCUGAACUGUUUUCCUAAAGCUUCCAAAAAGAGAGGGACCCCUUCCCCCUGGGGUCACAAUUUGGACUGAAGGGGAACAGACCAAAGGACAACAGCUGUAGCAUUGGCUGUUUUUCAGUGGAGGGAUGGCACUGACAAAUUCUUCAGUUACUUUGUUUUCUGUCAUUACUCCCUCCGGUACAAAAGCACUGAUGAAGAAUGAAUUGCAAAGGACAUGCUAGCAAGCGAGGGUAAGCAAGAAGGUAGCUUCUGUUUCCAGGUCAAAUUUUGGCUCUUUGGCCAUUAUCCAAUAGGAGAUUCCUGUCAGAAAGUCCCUCUGAAAUGAAGGAAAGCUGUGCUGUGAUAUUCACUUACUCAGGCCCCAAGCCCAACAAGAAAAAACAGGGGGCUAAGUUGACCUAUUUCUAAAUCAGCACAACCUUUCUCUUCAUGCCACAGAUAUGUCAAAUAUUAAGUUGUCUUCAUCUAAUAGCAUCAUCUUUAGGGGCACAAUCGAACAUUAUCCCAGUGCUAUGGGAGCCAUUUUCUCUUUGGGAUGGCUUGAAGAACCCUAGGAAUUUGAGAGGAUGCUUUUUCCCAAGCCAGCAUUGCAUUUCCGGCGGGGUUGGUGAAACUGGUUCAACCCACCCAUAUGGUUUUUCCAACUGGAUUGCUCUGCAGCAAGACAAGCUCAGUACAGUGUAUUAACAUAUAAAGGGAACCUUGUAUUUAGCAUUCAGAAUGCCCAAAUGCUCCUUCAGAAAAAGCCAGUAGAGGAACAAUGUGUACCCAAAGACAUUUAGAAUAUUGCCCUUAUUUCUAAGAAAGGCAUCAACAUUUUUGUCACCUCCUUCCCGGCUUAACACAGCCCACCAGCUGUGUAUCAUUAAAUCAAGAUUUAAUUGUAAUUCUGGGUGAGAAAGUGGCAUACAGAGUGUUGCCAGUUUCUAGGGGUGACCUGGAUAUCUCCUGGAAUUACACCUGAUUUCUAGACUAAAGAUCAGUUCCCCAGGAAAAAUGGCUGUUUGGGAGAGUGGACUCUAUGGCAUUAUACUCCACUAAGAUCCCUCCAAAACCACCCCCAAAUCUCCAAGAAUUCCCUGAUCUGAAGUUGGCAACACUACAUUCAGAGCCCCAGUGGUCAUGAGACAUGGCAGGCGGGUUGUGACUGGCUUGGUAGGACAUGUCCUGAGCCAGCUUAUUCUAAGCCAAGACCAACAUCUUCCUUGAUAGUCCUGUUUUUCAUUUCAGGAAAAGGUGGCAGGGACAAGUGCAACCCUCACUUGAGACCAUGAGACAUGUUUCUGAUAACACUUCUGAGUCAUAAUUUAUGGCUUGUUGGCAAAAGUCAUAGAAAAUAAAGACCUUUCUA